ACCACCACCUCCACACGACGAAAGAAGCGGCAUUGAACGAUUCAGUACCUUGCUGUGUUGCUAAGAAUUGCAUCUUUUGCUGCUGCAGGUCUGAUCCACGUCGUGAGACUUGCACCCUCCAAGACGGCACGCUAGAACUGUACCAGCCAGUUUGCUCCGUCUUAGGUCUGACCCGUCUAGAGGUUAAGGCAUUGGUCUUUUGCUGCAGCGCCACUGACAGCCACACUUGGAGGACAUAGAGAGGCAGCAGAGGAGAUGGAUAGAGGUGGUGAGAACAAGGAAGGCCACUUGAAGCAAUGGCAGCUUCAGCCCGAGUCUGAGUACAGGUUUGAGCUCGACCCCGGAAAGUCGCUCGCGAUCAAGCUCGUUCGCGGGUAUGCCGAGAUAUUUGGAGCGGAACUAGCGGAGGGCAAGACAUACUUGUUCGGCCAGGAAUGCAAGGCAGCCGUGUACACCUGGCAAGGCUGCACCAUAGAGAUGAGUCCUACACUCUUUUCGCGAAACGUCAAGGGCCAGCCCUCAGUAGAGUAUCUUUCCGACGAGACACCCAUGUCCGCAUACGCAAACGUACAUGUCGCGCUAGAGCAAAUGCGCAUUCGCGCUUUUGCCGCCGCCACGGGCGAACCGCUCCCUGACGAAGAGGGCGCAAAGGGCCCGAGCGACGCGCCACGCGUGCUCGUACUGGGUCCGGAGAACUCGGGGAAGACGAGUGUAUGCAAAAUUUUGACGAAUUACACCAUUCGUGGCGGUGAAGACUGGGCGCCGAUGUACGUGAACGUCGACCCGAGUGAGGGAGGCUGGGCAGUUCCCGGAGCUGUGGCUGCUGCUGCCAUCACCGCACCGUUGCAGACCGCGACGGCCGCCUCACCUCUGGGUGCGGUGACGACCUCUGCGCCAAAUCAUGUGUCGUCGAAUGGGCUGCUCCCGUUGUCGUAUUGGUACGGCCACGCAGAGAUGAAGAGGAAUCCGCUCUUAAUGGAGCGCCUCAUACGAAACCUGGGGGAGAACAUACGGGAUAGGUGGGAACACGACGUGCCGGGACGGUCGGCGGGUUUGAUUGUCGAUACUCCGUCAGCACUCGCAGCGAGCUCGGGGCCUGGGAACGAUCAUCGACUUACGAUGAUCAAAGCUUGCGUGGACGCCUUUCAUAUCAACGUGAUUUUGAUCGUUGGACACGAAAAGCUCAAUGUGGAGAUGCAGCGGACGUACGGAAACCGCAUUGAAGUAGUCAAGAUUCCGAAAUCUGGAGGGGUUGUGGAACUAGAUCAGCUCUAUCGCCUCCGUAUACACAAGUACCAGCUGCAUAACUACUUUUACGGUCACCUGAUCGAGCCGCCGCCGGGCCUCACCAGCAAAGGGUACAUCCAGGCUGGAGAGCAAGCCCCCGAGCUCACUAUGCACCUAUCUCCAUCGUCGAUGGUCGUGAAUUUCGGAGACCUCACAAUCUACCGGAUAGGAGAAGAAACCAUGGCACCGACGUCGGCGCUGCCAAUCGGUGCGGCGCGGGUCGUCUCUGAGAUGCAGCCUCUACUCGUUGACCCCGCGGCUUCGGGUUCGGGCCUAUACAACGCCGUUUUGGCGAUCCUUGCCCCGCCGAAUCCGGACGAAUCGGAACGGUACGACGAAGAGAUUCUAGACCUGCCCGUGGUGGGCUACGUCGUCAUUACCGCGAUGGACAUAACCAAUAAGCGAAUGACCGUGUUGGCCCCUACCCAAAGCUCUCUGGUUGGUCGGACUGCCAUCGUGGGCUCGUUUGAAUGGUCAGAAUGA